UAAAGUAAAUAAUUCUUUCCUUCAGAAUUCGUAAAACAUGAAUAUUAUUACAAUUUUGAGUAAUUACGUGAAAGAUAUUCUACACCAUGUGCAUGUUGAAAGCAACUGUGUAUUACUAAAGAAAUGUGCCAGUAGCUAGCAUAUUUAAAUAACGCAUUACUUAACACUUUUCUAAAAGAGUGUAAUGUCUUAAUAACAUUCCAUACACAUGAAUUCGUGCAUUUGCAAUACGUAUCCCUAGGUAUCCUUCCCUUCCCUGCGCAAUUCUGCCUAUUUUAACAGAAAAAGGUGGCGGGUGAAUAAUUUUGCAUGCUUCACAUUUUUCAUAUUACCUACCCGGCUGGAUCCGCAGAAAUCGGCGCAUCCCACGGUGGAGCCUCUCUCAUCCCGCGCUAGGUCCCCGAAAUGGUCCCGUGGCGCCAUCUCGUUUUCGUCCUUGCAACAACAGCAGCAUCCGCGGGGCAACAUGGGUCGUUGAAGAUGCGGCUGCGGCGAUGGUCAAUUUCCGCUUGCCGAAGUUCACAUUGCGGUCUACGGCGAAGAAAUUCCAUCUGCUGCGUCGAUUUUCUUCAGGUCUCAAAUUAUUGAUUGCAGCUGGAACUGCUGUUUGUGACGACCGCCUAGAGCUUCUAAAUCCUCAUCAUCAUCACAGUGAUUGUCACCAAUGUCAUCGUUCUUCGCCACCGAUAGUGGCACUCUUUCCAAAAAGGUUGACCACCCCUGAUGAUCCACACUAUGGUCACAAACAUCUACGGCUUAUCCAGGACAACUCUGAUGCUCUGCCUUUCAAUGCGUCAACAACUUGCACUGACCAUCAUACUAUCAGACGAUGAUCUUAACUUUAUAUCAUUUCAAUACCAUUUUAUGGCAUUUGCAAUGUUUUCAACAGAAAAACAAAGCGUUGUUCAUUAUGCUUGCAAAACAGAACAAAUGUUUAUAAUUGAAAUGUUUCAAAUUAUUAGAAAGGAUAUAAUAAAAAAGGA